AUGGACACGAGACUCAAGUACAAGGAACAUAUUGCAAGGGCCGCUUCCCAGGGCCUGGAAGCAGCGAUGGAGCUUCGGCGACUUCGGGGCCUAACCCCAGCAGCAGCGCGGCAGCUAUUCACCUCGACGGUGGCGCCGGUCGUGGAUUACGCCUCCAAUGUCUGGAUGCAUGCGUGCACGGAUAAAGCUAUCGGACCGAUUAACCGAGUCCAAAGAUUAGGAGCACAAGCCAUUGUGGGGACAUUUCUCACGGUCGCGACCAGCGUAGCAGAGGCGGAGGCCCACCUUGCCACAGUUCAACAUCGUUUCUGGAGACGAGCCGUGAAGAUGUGGACGGACAUACACACCCUGCCAGAAACCAAUCCUCUCCGCAGAAAUACAGAUCGGAUCAGGAAAUUCCAACGUAGCAGACACGGACCAGUGUGCGUGUGGACAAGCGAGAGAGACCGUGGAGCACUUCCUAUUUCGAUGUCAAAAAUGGACGGCGCACCGGACGGAACUCCUACAAUGUACCAACACCCACCGAGGAAAUUUAUCCUUCUUCCUAAGAGGACGGUAGACGCGCUUCAACUGCCGAAAAUAGGAUGUUGA